AGGUGGCUGCGCCUCCUUUUUCUCCCGGAGCCGCGAAAGUGGGAGUUGGCCGCUGACGCGGAGAGAACGCAGAAAGGGCGGGAUGGAUGUGGGGGCCGUGCAGUUUCAAGAAAAAAUGCCUCGUUUACAGGAGCUCUUACUGGGCUGCGACUUUGUUGGCCUUGAUAUGGAAUUCACAGGUUUGCAUUCAGCUUUUUCAUCUGAUAGACGGCCCAGUCUCUUUGAUUCACCUGCUGAGUGGUAUCAGAAAGCCAGACAGAGCGUUCAGCGGUUUACAGUGAGUCAGCUUGGUUUGUCCAUAUUUUACAAGGGGAUGUCAAACAAGUAUGUCACACAUUCAUAUAACUUCUUCCUGUUCCCCGCCACGUUUGGCCAAAUGGAUUCCGAGUUUUCCUUCCAAGCCUCUAGCGUUCAAUUCCUGUCUCAUUAUGGCUUUGACUAUAAUAAGUUUCUUAAAGAUGGAAUCCCAUAUAUGAAUGAAACACAAGAGAAGAAACUUCAGCAUCUGUUAUCUGGUGAUUGGAUGGUCCGAAGUAGUUUUGAUAAGGACAAGGUGAAAAAAGUGAUUGAUGAAGUAACUUGCUGGAUGUGCUCAGCAGAAGAGGAAGAUUCUAUGGUUCUGCAUGAUAUGUAUGGCUUCCAAGUGGUUGAAAUACAGCUCAUACUAAGACAAGCUUUUCCAAAUAUUUGGACUAUUCCUUUGGAAGGUGAAAAAGUGAUGGUGAAAAAGAUGAAUCCACAGCACCGCUGGGUACUAGAAAACACUUCUUUUGAUUCAUGUCAAAGACAGCAAAUUCUUUUCUCGGCAAGGGGUUUCACCAAUCUUUUCCAGACACUUGUUAGAGCUAAGAAGCCGCUGGUGGGACACAAUAUGCUGAUGGAUCUUCUGCAUCUACAUGAGAAAUUCUAUAAACCCCUUCCUGAAAACUAUGAAGAAUUUAAAAGUAACAUCCACUUCCUGUUUCCUGUUCUUAUGGAUACAAAGAACAUCGCCAAAGCCACGUGGAAGGAAUUUCAAUUUCCUCAAGUUUCUAAUCUUUUGGGGGUGUAUGAAGUGCUGUGCAGUGUUCUGAGUCCAACAGACCAGCUUUCUCCGGAGAUCCUUCACUCAAGUGAUUGCCUCAGAUACGCUACAAAUAAUUGUCCUCAUGAGGCAGCCUAUGAUGCAUUCCUCUGUGGAUCAGUUCUUCUUAAAAUAGCUCACUUGCUCCUCUGCAGAAAUAUUGGUGAUCAAACAGCAGAACCCACUUUUUCCCAGUACCUUGAUGUAUUAGCUGCAUAUGUGAAUCAGGUGAACUUGAUUCGAGCCAGGGUUCAGAAAAUUAAUUUUUCUGGUGUGGAUGACCCUACACGACGUCCCCCUCUCCUAGUAGCUACUGUGAAGGGGUGGCCUGGGGUAACUGAAGAGCAGAUUCAUCAAGAGUUAAGGACCCUCUGCAGGUUUGAUGUCCGGCGGCUAGGAAUGAACCAGUUUCUCUUGCUCUCCAAUAAAUUUAACGACGUCAGGAUAGUUCUGAAAGAAUGUAAAGCUCAUCCCAACCUGCAGAUUUCUGUGUACCACCGUUGGAGGCAUUCUCCACAAGUGACUAGCUUCCUACAAGUAUGUAGCGUUGUGGCCUCUUGGUCUCUGCUGGCUUUCUUGCUUGGAGGCUCUUCUAGCUGUCGUGUGUAACUGCUCAUCCACUGGAAAUGCUUUUCUGCAGCUGCCUGGUCUCCUCUUUUUCCCUCAGUGUAAGCUUUACAAUGAUAGAUUAAAAUAUUCUG